UGGCAAUACUGCUCCGGGAGGGGGACCAGAGCGGCUCGGCCCACCAGUAACCUUUCCAUCCAUUUACAUCGCCCAGUGCUCCCUCUCAAGUCUAGGACGUGGCCGGGAGGUAGUGCAGCAUCUCUUCCCGCCCCUCAAGUGCCUGCAAGCCCCCCGUGUUGCCCCAGGGACCCGCGGCGGACACACAGACACAUGCUGGUGAGGGCCUGAGAGCAUGUGUUCCAAGGGGCUUUUUCUACCCCGGGUCGGUGCUAGAGUGGAUAUGCUGACGGCGCCCCCCUCCCUGGGACUACCCCCCGUGGCAGCCUGGCCCUCCCCCCCCUCCCCUACCUCCUGGACACCCCCUCCCCCCUUACCAUCAGACCUCUCCCCUCUCACCCACCACGAAGAAGAAGAAGGAGGAGAAAGAAGAAUAGGAGGAGGAGUGGACGAUGAUGGAGGAGGAGAGGAAGAGAGACACACCCUUCCUCUCUCUCUCCCUCCCCCCUUUCCUCUUUCUCUCCCUUCCUUCCCCCUCCCUUCCCUCUCCCCCUUCCCCCCAGUUCUCGUCGUGACCUCUAGUGACCUGACCUAUCGUGGGGAAGGAGCUGAUCACGUGGUACUGGGCCUCCGGAAGCUGGGCCAGGUGCUCAGGCUCCGGAAGACAUGUUUGGGGACCUUUACGAGUCGGGAGGAGUUGGUCAACAGGGCGGCGCGGGACCAGGAGGUGCUAAGCAGUGUGGGGCGCGCGCUCCUAGGUCGACUGUUGACGAACCCCGCCCACCUUGUGCUGGUGUCGCCGCGACCCGACUCAGCGCUCUGCGACACCCUCCUGCCCUGGCGGAAAGGCCAUCGUCAGGACAAGCAAAUCAACCCCCACGGCAUCGCUUGCAUGUGUCCCGACGCCACCACCAUCUUCAUCCCCCGCCAGGACACCGCCCCAGCCGCCUCCCCCCUGCCCCCAGUACCUACAGCCAACAGAGGGGUCACAGAGGCUGGGGUCAAGCUAGGUCAGCCAUACCCGCGUGAGGCUAGCACAGUGUGUAUCGAGAUCAAGCCCAAGCAAGGGUUCCUGGAUAGCUCCACGCCCGGCCUGCCACUCUGUCGAUACUGUGUGAAGCAGUUUCUGAAGGGUGGAAGGGAGAGUGGCAGCCGGAGUAGUUACUGUCCCCUUGAUCUCUUCUCAGGGAAUUUGGAAAGAAUGCGUCGGGCAGUGGACAGCCUCAUCCAGUGCCCACAAAACAACUUCAAAGUGUUCGUUGACGGGCGGCCCAUGGAGGACAGCCGACCUUUCCACUACCUCCGGGACACCAUCAUAGCGGCCCUGACCUUCGACCUCACCACGGGGCAGCCCACCACGACCUCCGGGAAGCUGAACACAAGGUCAGCACUGGGCCGAAUCCUGACCUUUCAAAGCCUCGAUCAACUUGGGGUCUUCCGUGCCUCCAAGCUAUACCUGACCUUAUGUGACCUCUUGGGGACGCCGGAAGCUGUGGAUAAGGCCCUGAGUGACCUUUCCGCUUGGUCGUCUCCUGCCCUUGACCUCACGACCCCAGUGGAAGAGGAGGAGGAGGAGGUGGAGGUCAUGGUCAAUAGGCUUCAGAGUUACCUGCUUUCGACGACUGCCAAAGACCUCUCGUUAAUGAUUCUUCUCAGUGGACCCCAUUACAGCCCUGCCCCACACACCCCUCCCGGCACCUCCCCCUUCAUCAUCAGAGUGGAGACAGACGAGGUGGCAGGUGGAACAGACGACCCACGUGGAAGAGGUGGAGCAGAGGAGGGAGGUGAAGCAAGGUGGAACAGGGCAGGUGGAACAAAUGAAAAUAGUGAACCAAAUGAUGCAAGUGAAACAGGAACAAGUGGAAGAGGGAUAAGAGGUGGAAGAGAUGAGGGAGGAGAAGAAAAGUGGAACAGGUCAAAUGGAACGGAUGAAAACAGUGAAUUAAAUGAUACGAGUGGAAUGCGAGGAGGUGAAAAAACGAACGCAGGUGGAACGGACAACUCAGGUGGAACAAAUGACCCAGGUGGAGCAAGGACAGGUGGUUCAGCGUGGUUCAGGUGCCAGGUAACAGGUGUGGACAUUGUUGCCAAGCCCACCAGUAAGAUUCUCAAGCACCAGAGGGAUUAUGAGAGGCUGAGGGAUUUGUUGGCGGACCUCAGGAUGCGCGGGGAGGAGCCACCCUGCUGUAGAAUGUGAGGAGGAGGAGGAGGAGGAGGAGGAGGAGGAGGAGGAGGAGGAGGUUUAGUAGAGAAGGAGGAAGAGGUACAAUAAGACAGAAAAGAAAGACAAAAAGAAAUUAGAAGAGAGGAGGAGGAGGAGGAGGUUUAGUAGAGAAGGAGGAAGAGGUAAAAUAAGACAGAAAAGAAAGACAAAAAGAAAUUAGAAGAGAGGAGGAGGAGGUUUAGAAGAGGAGGAGGAAGAGGUACAAGAAAACAGAAGAGAGGAGGAGGAGGAGGAGGAGGAGGAGGUACAAGAAGACAGGAUAGAAAGACAAAAAGAAGCAGGAAGAGAGAGGAGGAGGAGGAGGAGAAGAAAUAGCAGGAAGAAGGAUUUUGAUGUCUUCCUUUUUUGUGUCUGAAGGAAGAAAAAAAGAAAGAAGAAAAGUUACGACAAUAAUAGAACAAAGAGGAGGAGGAGGAGGAGGAGCUUGAAAUCAUCUUUUGUAUAUAUAUAGUAGAAGAAGAAGAAGAAGACAGAGCUAGGAACAAGAGAACAAAGAGGAGAAAGAGGAAGAGGAAGAUAUUUUUAGCAGCUUAUCAGUGGUACUACAGCCUAAUACUGCCUUACAUGUGUGCGUGCGUGUGUAUGUGUGUAUGUGUGUGUGUGUGUGCGUGUGUGUGUAAUGGUCCCAACAAUCAUAACAUUAUUUUUCCCCAAGUAAAUAGAGAGGAGGAGGAGGAGGAGGAGGAGGAGGACAAGCAGAAGUUAGCAUGGGAUGUUUGCGCACCCAUAUAAUGUACUACAAGGGUUUCUACUAAGCGAAGAAAGGAAGAGAAGGGAAGGGAAGAAGAGGGGAGAGAGAGACAGAGAGAGAGAUGUGUAGUGAAACAAUGAUGCCCUUUGUGUGUUAUAUCUCCCAUACAAUCUGCUCGAGUCAACAAAAUAUCAGAUGUCAAGUUGUU